UGUCUUAAUCGACUAUCGAUAAUGGCACACAACUCUAUUGACAUUGACAAAUGACAAUAGUAGGCAAAUUCACUGGAUACAUCAAGUUUAUCAUUUAUUUUUGUAACCAACUAUCCGCAUAAAAGCUAAUUAGAAAACAUAAAAUGUAACGUACAGAAACAGAACAAUUCAAUUUAAAGUGUUAUCAUGUUUUUCAGAAAUGUUUGGUCUGCUGCGGAGUUGACUAAUAACUGCAAGUCAAUACUGUUGAACCAAUGCCGCAGUGUAAAGGGCCAUAUACAUAUUCAAUGCCGAACCGCAUUCCAAAACACACGACGUGGUAGCCGGCGCGCCUUCAAAUCAGACCCCCUUGAACAACUCCAUAUAGAAUCAGGACCUCUUAAUGCCAAAGGAUUGGUGAAACCUCUCUUUUUUGCAGUAGGAGUAUCUACUGCAAGUUUGGCAGGUUGUGUUAUAUGGGAAUAUGAAAACUUAAGAGUGCAUACUUCAACAUUAUUGAGGAAACCAGGUACCUGGCUGAGUGCACAACAGAAAAGAAUUACAACACAUUUUAAACCUGAACCAGGGCCCAUUCAGAAAUGGUGGAACUCACUAAAAGAAACUGAAAAGGUAUUCUAUCCAAUUUUGGCUGCUAAUAUACUUGUCUUUGGAGCAUGGAGAGUGAGAGCUUUACAACCUAUUAUGGUCAAAUAUUUCUGUUCAAAUCCAUCAGGAAGUGCAAUAUGUCUACCAAUGCUACUGUCUACAUUUAGUCAUUAUUCUGCUUUUCAUUUAGCUGCAAAUAUGUAUGUCUUAUACAGCUUUAUGCCAGCUGCUGUAUCAUCAUUAGGCAAAGAGCAAUUUGUGGCUAUGUACCUAAGCGCAGGUGUCAUUAGUAGUUUUGCCAGCUUCCUUUACAAGGUGGCUUUUAAUCAGCCUGGCCUUAGUCUUGGUGCGUCGGGAGCAAUUAUGUCAGUACUGUCGUAUGUUUGCAUGCAGUACCCAGACACUAGGCUUAGCAUUAUUUUCUUGCCUAUGUACACGUUCGCAGCUGGCACAGCUAUAAAGGUCAUCAUGAGCGUAGACUUAGCAGGUGUUAUUUUAGGAUGGAAGUUUUUUGAUCAUGCAGCACAUCUUGGCGGUGCCUUAUUUGGAAUAGCAUGGUGCCACUGGGGUGGCUCUCAUAUAUGGGCCAAUCGAGACAAGUUUGUGCAGUAUUAUCACGCUUUGAGAAAAACUGACACUAGUAGAUAGUGAAGAAUUGGGCACUUUCUACUUGAUAUAAUCUCAGAUGAACAUUGGGAAGGCAGACAUAAAAUUAAUUUAAAUAAAUAAUGUCUUGUCUAAUUAAGCUUGUCUGGGACAUUAUCAAGAGUCAAACAGACCCUGAAAAUCCAUAACUCCACAAUUCAAUUGUUAUUUAAUAAUAUUUUAAUUGUCCUGUAAUAGUUUGACCAGAUAACCUUCAGAAAACUUUAGUAAAAAAAAUAGUGAAUUAUACAACCAUAAAGAGUAAGUUGCUCUAUAUAAUAUUCUAAAAUAAUAAAAACAAGUUUAUAACAUAUUCGUUUUUAUAACAACAUUUUAUACAAUAAAAUAUAUAUUUGAUUCAAUAAAUGCACUAUAUUUUGAAAUGAACUCUGAUAUCAAUUCUAGCUCUUGAGGAUUUUUGCAUGAAAAUCAAAAUGUUCUCCAAUAAAUGUAGAAAUAUAGUAAUAUGAAUGGUCGUAGUCUUCUCGUAGGUUUAAUAUGACUGGAACACCUGCAGAGCGGCAUGCUUCCACUAUAUUUUCUGGCAAGAGCUGCUUUUCAAUAUAGAACUUAUCCCCAGCUCCCUAAAAGCGUAAUGUUUAAAAAUUAAAAUGAGUCAAUGUAUAGCAGCCCACUUUUAAUACUUGUAUCUAUAGUUGGGAGCAAUUGACAA